UUACAGGUUCUCAUGGAGCCAGAAUCAGAGGCAAAUGGAACUGCUGUCACUGAGUUUAUUCUACUGGGCUUGGUGGAGACACCAGAGCUGUGGCCUUUUGUCUUUGUGCUCUUCCUCUUUGCCUACCUGGUUUCAGUUGGGGGCAACUUGAGCAUCUUGGCUGCCAUCUUGGUCGAGCCCAAACUCCACACCCCCAUGUACUUCUUCCUGGGGAACUUGUCAGUACUGGAUGUUGGGUGUAUCACUGUCACUGUCCCUGCCAUGUUGGAUCGUCUCUUGUCUCAUAGGCGUAUAAUCUCCUAUCAAGCCUGCCUCUCCCAACUCUUCUUCUUCCACCUUCUGGCUGGGAUGGACUGCUUCCUAUUGACAGCCAUGGCCUAUGACCGAUUCCUGGCCAUCUGCCGGCCCCUCACCUACAGCAACCGCAUGAGCCAGACAGUCCAGUCAUCACUGGUGGCUGUGUCCUGGGCCUGCGGCAUCAGCAAUGCACUCACCCACACUAUUGCCCUUAGUACCCUCAACUUUUGUGGUCCCAAUGUCAUCAAUCACUUCUACUGUGACCUCCCACAGCUCUUCCAGCUCUCCUGUUCCAGCAUCCAAUUCAAUGAGCUGUUGCUCUUUGUCAUGUGUAUUCUAAUGGCAGGUGUCCCUCUGGUUCUCAUCAUCACCUCCUACACCCACGUGGCAGCUGCAGUUUUACGAAUCCGCUCAGUGGAAGGCAGGAAGAAAGCUUUCUCCACAUGUGGCUCCCACCUCACUGUGGUUUGCCUCUUCUAUGGAACUGGUAUCUUCAACUACAUGCGUUUAGGUUCAGAGGAGUCUUCAGACAAGGAUAAGGGGGUUGGGGUUUUCAACACAGUUAUCAACCCCAUGCUGAACCCACUUGUCUAUAGCCUUAGAAACCCUGAUGUACAGGGUGCCCUGUGGAGGGUGCUCAUGGGGAAGUGGUCACUGACCUGA